CUCACAACAUCAGGGAAGUAGACUGUUAAACACAGCGGAGGCAAAGCAAAGGAAUUAUGUUUAUGAAAGCCUCUUAAAGGAGCUAGUCGCGCUGCUCUGGUGUCCUGUUUGGGUUUCCAGGACUAGUAUAAGUUGGUUUACCAGAUGUUAACUCAACUGAAACGCCAUUAGAGUUGUAGGUACAGCGUUUCUAAGAGGAGGGAGAAGUAUUACGACAUCAAACUGAGCUUCCUGAACUGAAGUCAAGCUAGGUGACCAAAACCAGGAGCCGCAGAGGACGCCGAGGGUGAAAAACAGAGUUCAGGAAAAGGUUAACCACCGGCCCGACGUGGUGAGAUAUUUAUAGCAGACAAUUCGGAUUAACUUUUGGUGAAGCUUACGGGACUUUGGCGAUGUCUCUGGCCGACCAGAGCCAGCAGUGGUUCCCUACGAGUGUCCAGGUAACGGUGCAUCAGGCACGGAACCUGCGUGUCAAGGGCAAGAAUGGCACCAACGACUCGUACGCCAUCAUCCAGAUGGCCAAAGACAAGUUUUCCACCUCCGUGGCUGAGAAAUGUGUCGACCCAGUGUGGAAGGAGGAGGCUUCGUUUGACCUGCCGCUCUUCCACCCGGGAAACGCCGAGCGCUGCACGCUGUAUAUCAUUGUAAUGCACCGGGCUCAAGUGGGGCUCGACAAGUUCCUGGGCCAAGCCAUGAUAAACUUGCUGAAUCUCCAUGACGACAAGUCUCGUAAAAAGACAGAGUGGUUCAAGCUGGUGGAUAAGUCCGGAAAAGAGGACAAGGCGCGAGGGGAGGUGCUGCUCAAUAUCCAGUUCAUGAGAAACAACAUGUCAGCGAGCAUGUUUGACCUUUCUAUGCAAGAUAAACCGCGCUCCCGCAUCUCAAAGCUGAAGGACAAGGUCCGUGGGAAGAAAAAGGAUGGUUUCUCUGACUCUGCUUCAGCUAUUGUUCCCCCCGUCAGCCAGGUCCUCACAGACAGCGAGGGAGAGGCUGAUGCACAGUCGCUCAAUCUUUCUCCAGGAGCAAAAAAGAAAUCCAAGCUCAAAACCCUCUUUGCCCCCAAAUCUAACUUGCAGCGCAACAUCUCGCAGUCCAUGUCUACCCUGGGCACGCUCCCUGAGAAGAAUUCAUCUCUCAGUGGCAGCCGCUCAUCUGGCCUCAAUGCAGACUCUCCUGACGUUAAAAAGAAAUUCAAAUUUCUGGGGCACAAGCGAACGGGCAGCUCUGACAGCAAAGUGUCGCUGGGCCCUUUCUCCCUACUGGGCCGCUCCAAGCAGAGCAACAGCGACCUGAACAACCUGUGCAUCAACGGCAGCCACGUGUACACGGAGGAGGACGAGCCCAAGAGUGGAUCCACACUCAGUCUGAACAGCUCAGGCCAAGGUUCUGUGGAGGAUGUCCGCAAACACACUUCUGAUCUUCCAGCAGAUUCCUAUAAAAGUGUACCUGUCCCCUCCCACAAGCAGGAGUCUGCAGACAGAGCUUUACUAGAGCAACAGCGCCAUCAAGAGGAAGAGGAAAGAAGGCAGGCAGAAGAACGACGCAAAGCAGAAGCAAGGAGGCGAGAGGAAGAGGAGAAAUACAGGGCAGAGGCCAAGAGGCUGCAGGAGGAAGAGGAGCGCAGACAGCAAGAGGAACAGGAGAGAAAGAGACGCUUCCUUGAGGAUGAAGCAAGGAGGAAGAAACAGAAGGAGGAGGAAGAGAGAAGAAAGCAAGAAGAAGAAAAUCAGAAGCUCGAGGAGGAGCGUCGCCGGGCAGAGGAGCAGAAGCGUCAAGAGGAGGCUUCCAUGAGUGACAGACUGUCAACUCUGUUUGGAAUGAUCAGAAAAAAGGAGGAGAAGAAGGAAGAGGUGCAGCAGCAAGCUAAAGAGGAUCUGCCCACCCCAGCCCCUCGCAGUGACUCAAGAGGUCCGGAUCAACCAGUCUCCCACCGGUCCACCAACCCGUUUCAGGAUGUUCCCCUCAGCUCAGACCCUCCUCCAAGCAGUAGUGAAAGCAUAACCGACAAUCAGAAAACCAGCCGCAACCCACAACCCCCCUCAGCCACGGUCUUCCUCAACCGCACUGCUAAAGUGUCUGCAGUCAAACCCAGGCCUCAUCCUGUGAAGCCCAUGAGCUCAGCUGAAAGCCAGCAUCCCAUCAGCAGCCCUGUUGUGAAAGAGAUAAAGGUCCGUGACGUUGCAUCAGGGAAGAUAAAGGUGGGAAACUCGGUGGAAAGUGGCCCGUACACUCAGCUGACACAGGAAGAGUUGAUCACGCUGGUGGUGAAGCAGCAAGCCGACUUGUCCAGGAAAGACGCCAAGAUCGUUGAGCUGGAAGAGUACAUAGACAACCUGCUGGUGCGUGUUAUAGAGGAGCAGCCCAGCAUCCUGCAAGCCCUCAACGCUGCAAAGCCAGUGUGAGGUAACGUCAGCUGGAAGAAGACAGCCCCACUUAAGGACUCAGCUCUAUUUCUUGUGUGUGUUUUUACUGUUAAAACACAAUCUCCAUGAAGGUCUUGGAGCAUAUGCACUUUUUUCAUUCCAGAGUGAAACAGGUUGCUUGGAAAUUGUCUCUGACGUAAUAACAUUUGGUGAUCCAUAACAAGCAAGUAGGAAAUCUUUAUAUAAGCAAAUGAAUGUAUUUACUUUGACACUAAGGUACUGCAGUUUGCUUUAAAAACUCAUUAGGUGAUAAUAUAUUUAGAAUUUUUGAUUUAUAUACCAUACUUGAUAAACCCUGGGAUGAUCUUUAUUUAAUAUACAUCAUAUGUGGAAAGAAUUGUUUGUUGUUUUUUAAAACUAUUUUCCGGCCUUUUUACUCUUUGCAUAGUGUAUAACUUCAUGCUGUGUGGUGAAUGAUCAUAUUUAGAAUGUCAUUCAGCCACUUGACUUUCACAGAUCCUUCCCCCCGCCACUUAAGUCUUAUUUUUUUUAUUUUCUUUGUGCACGGAUUGUUUUGACCACACAAUUACAAUGUGUCCCUUUGUGCUCACCACAGUGGAAUGUCACCUAAUCGUCUAGUCCUUAAGAACAUAUUGUGCCUAUUGUUGCUAGAAGAGGUGGUAUUUAGAUAAACCAGCAAUGGCCAAGAGCAACCCGCUGCUAUUUACUGUACAUAGUUUGAAUAAUUCGUUAGUUGCUGCAUUUCUUUUCCUUCAUGUGGUUGUUUUGUAGCCUUUAAAAUAUCAAGUGAGCAAUAGUACAGAAUCCAGCUCUUCUUAAAUGAAUGAUUUGAUCACUGUGAUAUUUGUGUUGUAUUUAUGAAAUAAAAACCAAGAGAUAAUCAAGAAGCUAAGGAACAGUAAUCAGCUCAGUUUCAGUGAUAGCCAGCCUUGUCUUUGUAUUUGAACUACACUAAUGAAUGCCUUUGCAAACUAAAACUGCUCGAUGUCUUGGCAGAAAUUAUAGCAAUAUUAAUCCUCAGAAUGUACAGACCUGUGCCUUCAAACUCAUUUUUGUGACUGUUAUGUAUGGAUUGCUGAAUAUAGAGUUGUUGGCUGCCUCUCAAAGAACAAGCGGCCUGAUUUAUCCAGUGGGACGCGAAAUCUAUACUGCAGUUGAUGUGUAAACGUUUGAAAGCAGAGAUGCGGAGCUAUAUGAGUUUAUUUGAAAUAAAGACACUAAUUUUGUCACCA